AUGCUGGACCUGGUGAUCUUGGAGCAGUUCCUGGCUGUCCUUCCUCCGGAGAUGGAGAGCUGGGUGAGGGACUGUGGAGCAGAGACCAGUUCCCAGGCGGUGGCCCUGGCUGAAGGUUUCCUCCUGAGUCAGGCAGAGGAGAGGAAGCAGGCAGAGAGAAAGCAGGUGAGGGAGACUUUCCUCUGGAUACUACCUUGACCAGAGCCAGGGCCUUUUCGGAUGUGGCUCCGUCCUGGUGGAACGCUCUCUCACAAGAGACCAGGGCACUGUGGGAUUUGACAUCUUUCCUCAGAGCAUGCAAGACAGAGCUGUUCCGCCAGGCCUUUCUUCAGGGUUCAGUCUGAUUCUUUUCUUUCAGUACAAGAAUAAGCACUAAAGAGGCUUCCUAGCCCGCUCACACCUCCUUUAUAAGACCAGUGGUAACAGUAGUUGGCCCUAGCGAAUAUUAACCACUCUCAAUUUUACUUGACUUGAUCAUGGAUGGAGGAUUUGACCUGGCAUGUGUAACAGAGACUUGGUUGGAGGAAGCAGAUGGGCCUGUCCUUGCCGCUGCUUGUCCACCAGGUUUCUCUUACACACAGCAACCCAGGUCAUGUGGGCGGGGAGGGGGGGUUGCAGUGAUUUUUAGGAAGUCAUUAGUUUGCACCAGGCGUCCUAUUGGGAAGACCCAGUUCUCUGAGUGCAUGUUCUGGAAGUUGGGCAAUAGGGGCAGUUACAGGAUUCCUUUUGGUGUACCAACCUCCCCGCUGCACCAAGGAUUCCCUGCCUGAGCUGCUUCAGGUCGUGGCGGAUGUUCUCCUGGAAACACCUAGCUUGGUUGUCCUGGGGGAUUUUAACAUUCAUGCCGACACGACCUUACAAGGGGCCGCUCGGGACUUCGUGGAAAGCAUGGCCUCCGUGGGGCUGUCCCUGAAUAAGUCUGGCCCAACCCAUAGCCGCAGACAUGCCUUGGACCUGGUGUUCACCUUUAUGGAUGUUGGUGAUCUGACACUAAGUAAAAGCGAAACGAAAGAAGUGCCAUGGUCAGAUCACUUCCUGGUGCAACUGGACUUCUCCGCGACCCUUCCCCUCUGCAGGGAGGUGGGACCAAUUCGGAUGGUCCGCCCCCGCCACUUAAUGGAUCCAAAUGGUUUCCAGAGAGUGGUAGGGGAUGCUUUAUCCCAUGUUGAUGGCCUUUCAGCCGAUUCCCUGGUGGCGCGCUGGAAUGUGGAGUUAACCAGGGCUAUUGACUGUUUGGCUCUGAAGCGCCCUCUCCGAUUGCAUGGAGCCCGGACAGCCCUGUGGUUUUCCACGGAUCUGAGGGCAAUGAAACAAUUGUUGAGACGGCUAGAGCGCCGAUGGCGGAUGACCCAUUCUGAAGCUGACCGGACACAGGUUAGAGCUCAAUGUCGAGCCUACCAAGUGGCGGUAGCGACGGCGAAGAAGACUUUCUUCACCGCCUCUAUUGCAUCUGCAGAAAACAGCAGCAGGAGACUUUUUCAGGUGGUCCGCAAUUUAGCGGAACCACCUGCUACAUCGGGGCCCAGUACUGGCCACAUGAUCUCCUGCAAUGAUUUUGCAAAGUUUUUUGCAGAUAAAAUCGCUCAGAUUCGGGAAGAGGUAGACUCCACCGUGGGAGCAGGGCCGGGGCGGGAGAAUGCUAGAGUCCUGUCUAGUCAAAUUGCGUGGGAUCAAUUCCAAUCUGUUACCUCCGAGGAUGUGGACAGGCUGCUUGGACGAGUGAAACCAACCACCUGUCUCCUGGAUCCUUGCCCAUCCUGGCUUAUAAAAGCUGGCCCGGAAGGGCUGGGCGAUGGGCUUCCUGGGGUGGUGAAUGUUUCCCUCCGUGAGGGAGCCUUCCCAGACCUGUUGAAAGAGGCGGUUAUUAAACUGCUUCUUUAAAAACCAUCUUUAUUGCGGCCACGAUGGCCAACUAUCGCCCAGUCUCAAAUCUUCCAUUCUUGGGCAAGGUGAUUGAGCGAGUGGUUGCCGAACAACUCCAGGCACGCCUGGAAGAAGCGGACCAUUUGGAUCCCUUCCAGUCGGGAUUCAGGCCUCAUCAUGGGACUGAAACUGCCUUGGUCGCACUGGUUGAUGAUCUCCGGCGGGCUAGGGACAAAGGUGAGAGCUGUUUCCUAGUUCUGCUGGAUCUCUCAGCGGCGUUUGAUACUAUCAACCAUAACAUCCUUCUGGACCGUCUUUGGGAGCUGGGGUCAUACAGUGGUUCCGCUCCUUCCUCCUGGGCCGUGUUCAGAAAGUGGUGGUGGGGAUGAGUGUUCAGACCCCUGGGCUCUCACUUGUGGAGUGCCUCAGGGUUCUGUCCUCCCCCCAUGCUUUUCAACAUUUACAUGCAGCUGCUGGGAGAGAUCAUCAGGGGGUUUGGGCUGGGUGUUCAUCAGUAUGCGGAUGAUACCCAGCUCUACCUCUCUUUUAAAUCAGAACCAGUGAAGGCGGUGAUGGUCCUGUGUGAGUGUCUGGAGGCAGUUGGUUGGUGGAUGGAUGGUGGCUAACAGAUUGAGAUUGAAUCCUGACAAGACAGAAGUACUGUUUCUGGGGGACAGGAGGCGGGCAGGUGUGGAGGAUUCCCUGGUCCUGAAUGGGGUAACUGUGCCCCUGAAGGACCAGGUGCGCAGACUGGGAGUCAUUUUGGACUCUCAGCUGUCCAUGGAGGCGCAGGUCAAUUCUGUGUCCACGGCAGCUGUUUACCAGCUCCAUCUGGUACGCAGGCUGAGACCCUAUCUGCCUGCGGACUGUCUCGCCAGAGUGGUGCAUGCUCUGGUUAUCUCCCGCUUGGACUACUGCAAUGUGCUCUACGUGGGGCUACCUUUGAAGGUGACCCGGAAACUACAACUAAUCCAGAAUGCAGCAGCCAGACUGGUGACUGGGAGCGGCCGCCGAGACCAUAUAACACCGGUCUUGAAAGACCUACAUUGGCUUCCGGUACGUUUCCGAGCACAAUUCAAAGUGUUGGUGCUGAGCUUUAAAGCCCUAAAUGGCCUCGGUCCAGUAUAUCUGAAGGUGCGUCUCCACCCCCAUCGUUCUACCUGGACACUGAGGUCCAGCAUUGAGGGCUUUCUGGCGGUUUCCUCACUGCGAGAAGCCAAGUUACAGAGAACCCGGCAGAGGGCCUUCUCGGUAGUGGCGCCCUCCCUGUGGAACGCCCUCCCACCAGGUGUCAAAGAGAAGAACAACUACCAGACUUUUAGAAGACAUCUGAAGGCAGCCCUGUUUAGGGAAGUUUUUAAUGUUUGAUGUAUCACAGUAUUUUAAUAUUCUUUUGGAAGCCGCCCAGAGUGGCUGGGGAAACCCAGCCAGAUGGGCGGGGUAUAAAUAAAAAAUUAUUAUUAUUAUUAUUAUUAUUAUUAUUAUUAUUAUUAUUAUUAUUAUACCAGUGGACUGCCGUCUGUCCAGAUUUUAAUUUGUUUUGAACUAAUUUUAAGAAGUAUUUUAAUUAAUCGAUUGCCUGUUCUUAUGUUCUUUGUAUACUGUGUUAGAUUUAUGAUGUUAGCCGCCAAAAGAUCGGCUCAGGCCAGGGAGGGUGGGGUACAAAUAAAAAAUUAUUAUUAUUAUUAUUAGGGGCUCCAAAGAGGAUGGAGAACAUCCCAUAAUGCUCUGCUGAUGGCCCAUCCUUUUUCUGGGAAGGCAUCCAUGGAAUGAGAUCUCACACCCUUAAAGUUUUUUACUUUUCCAUUAUCUUUCUGCUAUUUCUUGUCAUUCAUUCUCUGUUUUGAAUCCUUGUUGCUUUUUCAGGAAAAGGAUUGUUUUGAGGAAAUGGACAUGGAUUCCUGUGAGGCAGAGAGGCCUCCGUUGGACACCAGAGAGAGGCCACUGGGUAAGGAGGAAGGCGGUUUUCUCCAUUUGGUCUCAUUCUGUUGGUUUCCCAUAUAAUCUCUGGGUUCUUUUCAUCAAGGUUUUGUGGGGGGGGAGUUGGGAGGAAGGGUCCAGAGGAGGAGAGAUGUAUUUCUGCAUGACUAACAUAUGAAAUGGGCACAAAUGUCCAAAUGCACUCAGCAGGUAAGGCUUUCUCAAAGGCCCAUCUAUAGUUAGAGAUGCCCUGUUUCACCUGUGAGAGACAUGGGCACGCCUGGCAUCCUGCUUACCUGUUUUCUCUUUCAGGAGACAGAAUGAUGCCGGCAAGACCUCCUGAUCCAUCUUUUCAUGGGGGCAGAAGGGAAGCAGCGGCUGUGGAACCAGAUCAGGUCAGGGGAAGCUGCCUUGUGGGGACAGAGGCCGAGGGAUGGAGUAUUGUCAUGGACUGGUUGGGCACAGAGGAAUGGUGGGAGGAAGAAGCCGGGGAACCGGGAAGGGAAGAUGUCUCAGCCCAAGGAGUGGAGGUGGAGGAAGGAUGAGCGGUCAGAUGGAGAAGAGGGAGACGCCUGGGAAGAGGAGGUGUCAGAAGCUGAAGGGAUAACAGGGCUUAGUGAGCUGGGAGACUCUGAGGCAGAAUGCAGUCCAGAAUCGGAGGCAGAAGAGGAAGGAGGCGAGUGGGAGGAGGAAGGUCGAGAGGCAGAGGUGAGUCAGGAGAAGGAGGAGCCACCGAUGGCUCCCUCUCCUUCUGCCAGAAGCCACCCUCCCUGCUUGUCUCUCUGAGCCAGGAGUUGUCUGACAAUGGAGGAGCAAAGGCAGGCUGCACACUGGCGCACUGUUGGAUCGCUUGCCAGAAACCCAAGAAGCAGCCAUUCUCUCAGCCAACAAAAAGCAGCUGAUUCAUAAUAAAGUUUAAGGUCUGGCAGGGCAAAUCCACCUCUUUCUUUAGCAUCAGUUAAUAUCUUAAAUUUUAUUUGAGGCUUCUUGCCCUGCCAAACAAAUCUGGAAAUAUCGUUCUGCCACUUCUUGAAACAAUCCAUCUUAUCCAAAAUUUGUAAUGUUUGAAACAAAAACAACAUCCUUGGCAGCACAUUCAUUUUUAUCACAGCAAUUCGGCCUAACAAUGAUAACUUCAAAUUUGUCCAUAUUUCUAAAUCCUUUUUCACUUCAAUCCAACAUUUUUCAUAAUUUUAUCCUUCAAUAAAUUCACACUUAAAAAGUAAGGGGAAAUGUCUGUGCGUCUUAUGGAGCGAAUCCAGCAAGAGCCGCUGCUGCCGACAAGCUCUGCGCAGCUCUCCCUUUAAAGCAAGAGCUGCGUAGAGUGUGUCUGCGGCUCUGGCUAGGUUUACAGGUAGGCGGGAGGAGGGACUGCCGUCUGUCCCUCCUUCCGGCUCAUUGUAAAGCCAGCAAGAGCCGCGGCUGCUGAGCUGAGCCGGGGAGGAGGGAGGGAAGGGGAUUCCGUUGGUCCCUCCCUCCUCCGUGGCGCUUUGAAGCAGGAAAGUGGGAGGGGAGCAGCUUACACUCGUGUAAGCAGCUCCUCUCCACUUUUCUGCUUCAAAGCAACCACGGAGGAGGGAGGAGGGACCCAUGGAUCCUCCUCGCUGCUCGAGGCUGCAGCGGAUUCCCUCCUCCCGGGCUCCCUUUGAAGCAGGAAAGUGGGAGGGGAGCAGCUUACACUCGUGUAAGCAGCUCCUCUUCCACUUUCCUGCUUCAAAGCAGAGGAAUCCCUCCGUAGCUUGCUUUGAAGCAGGGUGUGGGAGUUCAGUGGGGAAAGAGGGCAGGAAAUAGAUGCCGGGCAGGAAGACUUUGACCACUGGAAAGUCCACCUCAGCCUCCUCAGAUUUCCACUGAGACAGCCAGGCAUGGCCAUAAGAGCUGGAAACUUGCAUGGGCUGUUUAUUUAAAGAGAAAAACAUGCACUCAUGUGAAAGAAAUCCUCCCAGGUUCCUGGACACAACCCACACUUGAUAUUCACACAGUUACAUGGAUGGCAUUGGCAGCUGGAGGAGCAGCAUGGUUAAAGAGCAAGUCCUGGUUUCAAGCUGAAGAUCAGCUCUUUCCCCUCCCUCCCUUAAUUCAGGAUGCUACAGUUUACAGAUGCUGUGUCUGCCUGCCCUUUCCCCUGAGCUGUAAAAGCACCUUCAAGAGGGUGAUGGGAGGUGACACAGUCAUCUUCCAGAUGUGCAAAGAACCACCCUCUUGACACGAAAAGGGACAGCAGGCCUCACGCCCAGAUCUGAAGCAUAAAUGGGAACCUAGGAAGCUGCCUUAUAAGGAGUCGGACCCACUACUCCAUCUAGCUUAGUAAUGUCAACACUGACUGGUAGCAGUUUGCUAGAGUUUCAGGCCUGGAGAAGCCGGGGAUUGAACGUGUGGUGUUCUGCAUGCAAAGCCACUGAGGUUACAGCUGUUCCCUUUAAAAACAAACUAAGAUUGUAGUCCCCAUGGUUCUGAAGAAAGGGCUAAUUUAAACAGGAACAGAGGGACCUUCCCUGUACCACGUCAGGACCCCUGAGCCCAUUGAGCUCAGUUUUGUCUUCACUGAUGGGCAGAGGCUCACCUGGGUUUCAGGAGACACUCCCUCAGCCCUACCCGGAGAAGCUUUCAAGGACUGAACUUGGGAUCUUCUCCAUGCUCUCCCCAUUGAGCUAUGAUGGCUCCCUCUCUUCUCCUCCCCUCCUCCUCUGCAGGAGGCCUAUCUCGGCCUGUCAUUAUAAUGUAUAUAUGUCAAGGGCUUUGAGAUGCAUAUAAAAUCAGGCUCAGCAUUAUUAACCGGACUUAGAUAAGCCAUGGUUCCCCUUCCUUCCCUCCUCUGAGGCUCGCUUUAAAGCAGCAAAGCGGACAGGAGCCACCCGCUUUGCUGCUUUAAAUAGUUUAGUACAACAUUUGAUUCAGAAUAUUUUUUUUCAUGUUUUCCUCCUCUAAAAACUAGGUGCGCCCUAUGGUCAGGUGCGCCCUAUGGAGCGAAAAAUACGGUAAGCCUCUUUCCACGACUCUGGUGCAUUUCUCCUUCCAAUAUUUCAUUGCAGACUUCCUUCAAUGAUUGUAUUAACCAUUCUUUCAAGGAUCUGUAAUAUCUUGAAGUCAAACCAUCUGGUCCUGGAGAUUUACCUAAUUGCGUAUUCUGGAUGGCCCCUUCCACCUCCUGAUCCGUUAUUUUACAAUUCAACAUUAGCUGUUUUUCCUGAGAGAUUUUGUGUAAUCCAUUUAUUUUCAAAAAUCGAUCAAUGUCCAUUUCUUUCUGCUUCUCCUGUGUAUAAAGUUGUUUGAAAUACCUCUGAAAACACUUCCUUAUCUCCACUGGGUUCUGUAUAUUCUUUCCUUCCACUUCCAAAUUCGUAAUAGUAUUGAGUUUUUGUCUUUUUUUUCAUUUGCCAGGCCAACAAUUUUCCACACUUAUUUGCCGAUUCAAAUGUCUUUUUCCUCAUCUGUUUAAUCUUCCAUUCUAUUUCCUGAUUCAUCAGUUUCGUAUAUUGUACUUGAGACAACUUGAUCUCUUUCAGAAUCUCCUGUGACUUUGGUUUUGCUCUCAGUUUCUUCUCUCCUUCCUUUCUCUUUCCCAGGAUUUUAUCCUUUUUUUCAUUCUGAGUUCUUUUCUUAAUUGCAUUCUGUUGUAUUAGGAAUCCUCUCAUAACCGCUUUGCUUGCGUCCCAAAUUGCUCUUUUUUCCACUGUGGGAUUCAUGUUUAUCUCAAAAUAGUCUCUUAGAGUUUUUGGGCCUUCUUGGUCACCUCUUCAUUCCUAAACAGAGUGUCGUUCAUCCUCCAUCUAAAGGAACCAAUUGGAGUCAAAUUCAUUUCCAUCUUCACCGCAUUAUGGUCAGAACAAGUUUUGGGGCAAAUCUCCACUUUGCUGAUCUUCGGAGCCAAUCCCUGGUUACCCAGAUUUGGUCAAUCUCUUGUCCAUGUCAUUUUAGCCUCAGAGAAGAAAGUUCCCUCUCUUCCCAGAGGGUUCUUCAUUCUCCAAAUAUCAACUAAGUCCAUAUUUUCAGUCAUGUCAAAAAAAGUUUUUGGUAGUCUACCGUCAUUGGUGACUACCUGUCUCUGUGCCUUAUUCAUAUUUGUAGACACCACUCCAUUCAUAUCUCCCAUCAAGAUCAUAUUAUAGUCCAUGUAAUCCAUCAGAGUCUCAUGUAACUUCUUAAAGAAUUCCGAUUUUCCUUCAUUUGGUGCAUAAAUACCUACAAUCAAGAAUUUCUCUCCUUGUGAUUGAAUUUCAAUUGCUACAAAUCUUCCUUGAUCAUCUUUAAAUAAGAAUUUCGGUGAUAGGCCUUCUGGCCUCUUCUUAUAGUCAGCAUGACCUUGACAGAAGACAGAACAGAACCACUUUAACCCAGCUGUGCUCAGGCUGCGAUGCCUGGGUCCUUGUGCCAAAGGCCAAGCUCAGAAAGGGUGGCCCUAGGUCCCAAAAGAUGAUUUUCUGUGGGUAUGAGCCAGGGACCAAGGGGUGGAGAUUUGCCUAUCCAACAGGCAAUCAGUCCAGGAUUCUGCUCAGCAGCAGUGCUGAGUUCUGUGAGUAGAAUGGAUGGACACGCAUACAUGGGAACCCUGAUGUUCUUUCAGAGAGUCUGCAAGGCUCUGCUGAUGAGGAAGAGGUAGAGGUUGAACCUGCUGCUGAGGCACAGAGUCCUGACCCAGAGCAGGUAGAGGGAAGAACUUCUCCUAAAGCUGUGAAGCUUGAACAGAGAAGUGCUCCUUCCUCACCCACAGGUUCAGCUGAGAAGUCUAAACGGCGCAGUAAGUCAGAGGGGGAGCUCUCUGAGGCCAAGGACGUUCUAGCUGGUCCUAGUGGGUCUGAGGGGGUACCUGAAACUGGGUUGAGACGUUCAGCUCGCACAACAAAAGGUUAACCGCCUGACAGGUUUGCAGUCAGAAGUGUGUGGGUUGGCAUGGCACAGUGUGAACCCGAGAGUUUUGAGGAUGUUCAGAAACUGCCUCAGGAAGAAGCCAGGAAAUGGCAUGAGGCAAUGCAGAAGGAGAUGAGCUCAAUGGAGUCUCUAGGUGUGUUCUCCCUCACAACGUUGCCAGUGGGGAAACAGGCCGUGAGCAGCCGCUGGGUUUACCGUCUUAAACCCACAGGAGCAGGGGAACCACAGUACAAGGCUAGGCUAGUAGCCAGAGGGUUCACGCAGCAAAAGGGGCUGCAUUAUACUGAGGUAUAUGCUCCUACUUCCAGAAGUGAAACUCUGCACAUGCUCUUAGCCAUUGCUGCACAAAGAGGUUUUCAGGUGUAUCACUUUGAUGUGGAUGUGGCCUAUUUGAACUCAGAGCUCCAGGAGGAUCUGUACAUGCUUCCUCCUUCAGCAUUUGAGGGCCUUGAGCCGAAUACUGUAUGGAAGUUUCACAAGUCCAUUUAUGGCUUAAAGCCUUAGAGAAGCUAGGUUUCAAGAAGAGUCUUGCUGACAGCUGCCUGUACCUUAAAGGGUCAGGAGAGUCACAGGAAAUGGUGUUGAUCUUUGUUGAUGACAUCAUUCACAUCUCAGGGGCAAACAAACAGGUGCAGAAGUUUGCCAAAGAGCUUGGAAAACGGUUUCAGCUCAAGAACCUGGGUGCAGUAAGGAUCUACUUAGGUGUUCAGAUAGACAGGACUGAAGAUGGAAGCUUCUUGCUCAGCCAGAAAGGCAAGAUUGAGCAGGGGUUAGGGCACCUAUGGAGACAAGCUACGUGAAAGACAGUCGGCUAGCAGAACACGUUGACUUCGAGAACGCUGAGCUCUUCCAGUCAGCUCUGGUAGUCUGUUGUAUCUGUCCCAAUGGAGCAGGCCGGACAUUGCUUUUGCUACCAAUCUGCUCAGUAGGGAAGCAUCAAAGCCCAGUGUAAAUGCCUGGCAUGGUAUCCAGCAGGUGCUGCGUUACCUGCAGGAUACCAAGGACUUCAGUCUCAAGCUGUCAGCUGCACGUGAGACGGCGCUUACUUGCUGGGCAGAUAGCGACGGGGCGAAUCUGGAUGACAGGAAGUCCGUAUCUGGGAUGGUAAUAAAGUUUGGGGAAUCUCUAGUUGGGUGGAAGUCCCGGAAGCAAAGUCUCAUUGCGCUGUCCUCUACUGAGGACAGUUCAUUGCACUGUCGGAAUUGUGCAGGGAACUGGAGUUCUAUAGAUGCCUGGUGCAAGAGAUCUAUGGGGAUUGUUGCCUGCCCAUCACUGUUUGGGAAGACAAUCAACCCUGUCUGAAGUUGGCAGAAUCUGGGCAGUUGAAGGCCAGAACCAAGCAUGUAGACAUACGUUUCCAGAAUGCGUGUCAAAGUGUCAAUCCUAUUGAAAGCAAUCCUAUCGAAACAACACAGCAAUUAAGAGGAAGGAAAGAACAGAGCAUUGUGUAGCAGAUCAUAUUUCUGCUGUCUCAGAAGAGGACACUUCCUUUUUCUUUAAGGGUCCAGUGUGCUUUGAAGAGGUCGCUGUUUGUUUCACGGACGAGGAGUGGGCAUUGCUGGAUCCUGACCAGAGAGCUCUGCAUAAGGACGUCAUGGAGGAGAAUCGUGGGAUCGUGGCCUCUCUUGGUAAGGCUCCCUGUGGGAUCGUCCUAUCUGCCUGGAAAUUCAAAAAAUACCUCUAUGUAACAAACCUCAUACAUUUCCACAUAGCUCAACAGCGCCCAAUACAACACCUGGGAACCUAACACUCCCACAAUAAACCUUGAACAACAAAUUGCAGUUUUUCUGUGAACCAUCUUCCUCCAGUUCUGCCUUUUUAUACCACGGUUGGGUGUCUGAACUGCCCAGGCAUCUUAAAUGUCAGCUUCAGUGUUGGUAUCUGAAGAAGUGAGCAUGCAACGAAAGCUCAUACUAAUAACAAACUCAGUUGGUCUCUAAGGUGCUACUGGAAGGAAUUUUUAUAUUUAGCUUCAGAGUUGUGCGGAAAGAUAAGUAGCUUCUGUCAAGUUUUCUGUUUUUGUUUUUGCUGCUGUCAGUCUUGGGUUGACCAGAGAGACGACUGACAUUGGAGAUGGAGGGGAUGCCAUGACUGGGCCAAACAAAAUCCAUCCCAGAGAAGAGCCAGGCUUAUUGAAUCUCAGGUAGUAGUAGCAGUGAUAAUAAUAAUAAUAAUAAUAAUAAUAAUAAUAAUAAUUUUUUUUUUACUCUGCCCAUCUGGCUGGGUUGCCCCAGCUGCUCUGGGCAGCUUCCAACACUUAUAUAAACCAGAAACAUUAAUCAUAACAAUCUGUCCCCAUAUAAAAAGUACAUUAACUUUAAAAUGAACAACUUACACUAGUGGCCAAAAUUGUGGAAAGCUUUUGAAAAAAGUGUAUUUCAGAGCUUUGAUACCUCAUGACACCACUUUUUUGGGAGUAAUAGCAUAAAACUAUAUAUCAAUGAAAAAAUAAUUUAAUGAAGAAUGUAAUGAUUUUCUUCUGUCAUGCAGGCACAGUCUCUCAUUCUUCGAUCAUCACUUGCUGUUGUGCACCUUUUCCUGCCUUUACCAGUCUGAUUUUGGAGUGACUGAGUCUCUUAUACCUCUUCAAAAAUAUAGACCAGCUUUGGUUAAGUUUUCCCCAAUCUUUCUUCUAAUUUCUUCAUACCUGUAGCCUUGUUCACUUAAUAGUACGAUUUUACAUCUCUUUCUGGCUAACUACCAACCAAAUUGAUAGCAUUCCCAUAAUACACUGACAAAAGUCAACCUAAGCAAGUUGUGCUUCCCUUUUCUGGUCAUAUGUCUAUAACCUUUGAUAGAAUACAGAUAAUUGAACAAAUUUUGUUGCACUACAUUCUUCAUUAAAUUAUAUUUCCAUUGCUAUAUAAUAUUAUGGUAUUACAGUCAUACCUCGGGUUACAGUCACUUAAGGUUGCGUGUUUUCGGGUUGCACACUGAGCCGAACCUGGAAGUACCGGAAUGGGUUACUUCCAGGUUUCAGUGCUCGCACAUGCGCAGAACCACCAAAUUACGACCCACGCAUGCGCAGAUGCAACGCUGCAGGUUGCGAACGCUGCGAGUUGUGAACAUGUCUCCCACACAGAUCAUGUUUGCAACCCUGGCAUCCACUGUACUCCAAAAGAAGUGGUGUUAUGAGCCAUCAAACAUCUGAAAUGCACUUUUUUCUAAAAGGCUUUCACAAUUUUGUUGCUGUUGUUUAGUCGUUUAGUCUUUGUGACCCCAUGGACCAGAGCACGCCAGGCACCCCUGUCUUCCAGUGCCUCCCGCAGCUUGGUCACAAUUUUACCACUACAGUAUAUCAAAGAAAGCAACAUUCAACAACCCAUCAGAAUCUAAUAAGAAAUAUGUUGGUUAAUGACAAGCCACAAAGGUAAUGAACACACACCCAACUCCCUUCAGUUCUUCUUCAUUUGUUCCUGAGGCUCUAAUCCCUUUUUGUCUCCAUUGCAGAUUGUGAUGAAUUGGAAAUCGAGAACAAAGGUGAACACGACAAAAUCCCCAGAGUGGAGAAGCCAUGCAAAAAUUUGGAGUGUGGAGACAGCUGCACUCAGAGCUCCAAUCUCACUAAGCAUCAGAGAAUUCAUACAGGAGACAAACCCUAUCACUGCGUGGAAUGUGGAAAGAGCUUCAGUCAGAGCUCCCAUCUCACUAACCAUCAGAGAAUUCAUACAGGGGAGAAACCCUAUCAGUGUGUGGAAUGUGGAAAGAGCUUCAGUCACAGCCAUGGUCUCACUUCCCAUCAAAGAACUCAUACAGGGGAGAAACCCUAUCAGUGCGUGGAAUGUGGAAAGAGCUUCAGUCAGAGCUCUCAUCUCACUAACCAUCAGAGAAUUCAUAAAGGGGAGAAACCCUAUCAGUGUGGGGAAUGUGGAAAGAGCUUCGAUAAGAACUCCAAUCUCACUUCCCAUCAGAGAAUUCAUACAGGGGAGAAACCCUAUCAGUGUGGGGAAUGUGGAAAGAGCUUCAGUCAGAGCUCCAAUCUCACUUCCCAUCAGAGAAUUCAUGCAGGGGAGAAACCCUAUCAGUGUGGGGAAUGUGGAAAGAGCUUCAGUCAGAGCUCCCAUCUCACUUCCCAUCAGAGAAUUCAUACAGGGGAGAAACCCUAUCAGUGCAUGGAAUGUGGAAAGAGCUUCACUGAUAGCUCCUCUCUCACUUCCCAUCAAAGAAAUAAUACAGGGAGAAACCCUAUCAGUGUGGGGAAUGUGGAAAGAGCGUCAGGACGAGCUCUCAUCUCACUAAGCAUCAGAGAAGUCAUACAGGGGAGAAACCCUAUCAGUGUGGGGAAUGUGGAAAGAGCUUUAGUCAGAGCUCCUCUCUCACUUCCCAUCAAAGAAGUCAUACAGGGGAGAAACCCUAUCAGUGUGGGGAAUGUGGGAAGAGCUUCAGUCAGAGCUCCUCUCUCACUAAGCAUCAGAAACUUCAUACAGGGGAGAAACCCUAUCAGUAUGGGGAAUGUGGAAAGAGCUUCAGUCACAGCUCUGCUGUCACUAAGCAUCAGAAACUUCAUACAGGGAGAAACCAUCUCAGUGCUUGGAAUGUGGAAAGAGCUUCAGUCAGAGCUCCAAUCUCACUUCCCAUCAAAGAAUUCAUACAGGGGAGAAACCCUAUCAGUGCAUGGAAUGUGA